GCACUUGCCAGCAACUGCAAACUGUCCGAAUGCACUUAAACUUGCUCUCCGGAAGCAUCCCCAUGUGUUUCGGCAAUCUUAAUAGUUUGGCCAUGCUCAACCUUUCUCAUAACAAUUUUUCUGGGUUGAUCCCAAUUACUCUAAGCAAACUACAGCUUCUCACAGAAUUAGAUCUGUCUCACAAUUAUCUUGAGGGUGAAGUACCAAAAGAAGGGGUAUUCAAAAACACUACAGCCAUUUCGCUUGAAGGAAAUUGGCAGCUCUGUGGAGGUGUGCUAGAAUUACAUAUGCCUCCAUGCCCCAAUACUGUUACUCAGAGAAGAACUGGACGGCGACACUAUUUUGUAAGAAUAUUGACCCCCAUGUUAGGCAUUGUGUCCCUCACAUUACUGAUAUAUUUUAUCAUCUCAAGAAAGAAGGUGUCAAUAGCACAGUCAUCACUGUCUUUUUCUGAUGAGCAAUUUCCUAAAGUUCCUUAUAAGGAUUUAGCUCAAUCUACAGAUAACUUUUCAGCGUCUAACUUGGUUGGGAGAGGAAGCCAUGGUUCAGUAUACAAAGGAAGGCUAAUAACUCCUGAACCCGUGGUUGUGGCUGUGAAGGUUUUUGACCUUGCCGUGGAAGGGACUGAUAGGAGUUUCAUGUCAGAAUGUCAAGCUCUGAGAAAUAUCCGGCACCGCAACCUUCUUCCAAUUCUAACUGUGUGCUCAACAAUUGAUAAUAGGGGCAAUGAUUUCAAAGCCCUAGUCUAUAGGUUUAUGCCCAAUGGCAGUUUGGAUUCUUGGUUGCAUCCUCCUGGCUACGGAAACACUGCGAAUAACAUGAAUCUGUCUCAAAGACUGAAAAUAGCUGUUGACAUUGCUGAUGCAUUGCAGUAUAUACAUCAUGAUUGUGAGAGUCCCAUCAUUCACUGCGACUUGAAGCCCAGCAAUAUUCUUCUUGAUGAUGACAUGACCGCUCAUCUAGGAGACUUCGGCAUUGCAAGGUUCUACCUUGAAACCAAAUCACAAAGAGCUGGAGAUUCGAGAUCAGCUGGUACAAUAAGUUUGAAGGGAAUAAUUGGAUAUAUCGCUCCAGGGAACACAAGAACAUAAAGCUGUAACUUUUGUUUAUGUGAUAACAAUAUAGUCACUUAGAUUAACUAUGUCAUACCCUGCA